CUCUCUGUCCUCCGAAAACAACACUCCUCCAUACUUGUGUUCACAACGGCUCUUCUUUUCGAUCCCCUUCCCACCCGUUCUCACCCGUGCGCACCAUACCCACAACGACGGCGCUUGAGAUGGCGAGUUCUUGACGCUGACUGUCGUUCAGAUUUGCCUCUGCGCACAUCAUUCCCAACCCAAGGAUUUUUCUCCCGACGCUGCAUCGCCCGAAGAAUUUACGCACCGUGGAGUGCAAAGAGCCGUUGGACGCCUUCAAGCGGUGGGGCGGUAUGCACAGCAGCGAGGAGGCACGACCAUGUCAAUCCAGCGAGCCCGGUCCGGUCACCCCCUUCUCUUCCAUUGCCAUGCCGUACGAGGCUAGACUUGUUCGCUCCACAUUCGUUUUUCUGGUGCUAUCAAGUUCCUUGGGUAUCGUGUGGGGAGAAUACCCGGACUACCCCAUGACCUUCGCCGACAUGAAGGUUUUGGCGGGGUACUACACAGAAGACGGGAAAUACUUGGGAGGCAUUCCUAAGGCGGACCCUGUAAGCAAAGAGAUCUACGAAUGUGCAGCCGAUACAUAUUUCUAUCCGUCCGGGAACGACACCGUCACCGACUCUGCCGACGGUACGGGCGAGGCUACUGCUUGCUUGGAGUGGAGGGCGGACGAGUCCGCCGGGGGUAUCUUCCAGAAGGGCACAUGCGAAUGCACGUCUAUCGACAACGAAAGCUACUGCUCCGCUUGGACCUGCAACCAGGUUAAACAAGAGGAGGAGUGCAACUCCUCCGGAAGCAACUGUGUCGUGUCCACCAACACCGAUGCCGUCCUAUGCCAGUGCGACCUCGAUGUUCCCUCUGGCUUGUAUUGUGACUCGUGGUCGUGCAAGCAAAUAGACUCUGACGGCAGGGAGGAAUUCGAAGAGUACCAUUGCCAGCGUGAAGCCGAGUCGGGACACUACUGCGAGGCUUGGAACGGAAACGUGACCGCUACCGAUGAAGUCGAGGUGGUGACGUGCGAGUGCGUGGCUACUUGGAACGGUGAUCGCCUGUGUUCCUACUGGGAGUGCGAAGAGAUAGGUCUGAGUAGUUGCAAUUCGACAAAGGGCUGGUGCGACUUGGGCUUGUCUAUCGGCUUGGCGGGCGUGUUUGGACUCGCGGGAGCCUUGGCGGCUGGCUUCAGCUUUGCUAGCUUUGGGUGCUUCGAGCAAAGCACCACUGGCAUGAGGGCGGUGGUAUGUAUGGGUAUCGGUGGCAUCCUUUGGUGCAUGGUGUGGUCAGUCGGUGUCGUGAUUUGGGGGGGGGUGGAUGGAGUAGUCUAUGUCGGUAUCAUGUGGGGCGUCAGUUUCCUACUGGCGGCCAACACCACCGGUUGUAUCUUGUACGACAAGGGUCGACCGAAGUAAGGCAUUUUAGGGUUGGCAUGUCUUCAUCUCAAAGCAACUUAGAGGGGAGGCGCGUGGGCCUGGUGUAAUACUUAUCCGUUGUGCACAGCAUUGGCACUAUGGGAAUAGGUACAUAUUUAGAACAUCCAGAAUUGUGUGCCCUUGCAUUUUCCUCGCAAUUGUAUUCGUCAGCAAAUAUCGAUCUGUAUUCGCUCAGCCACCGAGAUACAAAUAGACCAGUCGCUGAAGCCCUAUUCUGCGCUUGGCCAAGCGCCAGAGUAGGAAAUCACGUAGGCUUCCGAUAAUAGUAUCGCAUCUGGAAUACGUGUGGCCCAAAUGAUAAGCAUGGUGUUGCAUUCAUCUCUGCCUGUAACUUUUAUCUCUGCUUCCCAGUACUGUAUUCCGAACACAUCGGUGUGGAUGACGAUGUGUUGAAUUUGUGCUUGGAUGAGCACAGGCGAACUUGUGUCCUGAAGAUGACACGGAUAAUCCAAGACUCGUUGCGUUGUGUGACCCAGGCUGGCGCGUAGAAACUACAUCGAAAGGUGUAGAUCUGAUAUUCAGAGCGAAUGUAAUGGGAUUACAGUACAACACACGAAAAUGCACCCAUUCGCUUCCAUUGGCC